GCUCUGUGGAGGAGGAGGAGGAGGGAAGCAGAAAGAAGUUUGUGCUCGGCGUUAAUAUUUUUACCUGCAAAAGUAGACACACAUCUCACGCUUCCUUUUUUUUUUUUUUUUUUUUGUCUUUCUUCUUAAAUCUCAAACGGGGGAUGCUUAUGAAGUGUUGCUGAGGCCCCUGGAGAGACUUGGACACCGGAGUCCGGGGCGCACCGUGUCUGUAGAGACGCAGCAGCACACCACCUGGAAACUAUACGGUCCGCCAGACGCACCAAACCACCAAGACCCUCUCCUCCCUCUUCUCCUCCCUGUCCCUCUCUGCUUUAUCUCUUUCCUCCUCGUCUCUCCUUCUUACCAACCGGGCUUUGUUUUUUUGUUUUUUUCCCCCUUCUUCAGGCUGCUGUGGACUUUAUAGCCACGACAAAAACUGAUCAUGCGAUGACUGAGCGCGCUUUGGGCACAUCUACCGAGUCCAUUACAGGAGGUGAAUGAUGGCUGAGGAUGGGGGAAAUCUCUCCGGGGUCCCCGACGCCAGGGGCUCGGAGGGUCGCUCCUCUCUGCCGAGGACUUUCAUACGGCUCAACGACCUGUCCGGGGUCGGGAUAGGAGGCGGGGAGCGCGGCGAGGUGGUGGUGGAGCCCGCGUCCCCGGCGCCUGACGGGAUCUCUACAGCCGGAGAGGAGGCGUCGGCGAGCGGCGAGGAGAGCCUGCCCUACCCCACCCUGGCCCCCGUGGUCUUCUUCUACCUGAAACAAACCACCCGGCCUCGGAGCUGGUGUCUUAAGAUGGUCUGCAACCCAUGGUUCGAGCGAGCGUCCAUGUUGGUGAUCCUGCUGAACUGUGUGACACUGGGCAUGUUUCAUCCCUGCGAGGAUAUCGACUGCAACUCCGAGAGGUGCAAGAUCCUGCAGGACUUUGAUGACUUCAUCUUUGCGUUCUUUGCCAUUGAGAUGGUGAUCAAGAUGGUAGCUCUGGGGAUUUUUGGCAAGAAGUGUUACCUUGGAGACACGUGGAACCGCUUGGACUUCUUUAUUGUAGUGGCUGGGAUGUUGGAGUACUCCCUCGACCUGCAGAACGUCAGUUUUUCAGCGGUGAGGACGGUUCGCGUGCUGAGACCACUGAGAGCCAUCAACCGAGUGCCAAGUAUGCGUAUCCUGGUGACCCUGCUGCUGGACACCCUGCCCAUGCUGGGUAAUGUGCUGCUGCUCUGCUUUUUUGUCUUCUUCAUAUUCGGCAUCGUAGGCGUCCAGCUGUGGGCCGGCCUGCUCAGAAACCGCUGCUUUGUGGAAGACAACUUCUCCUUCCCUCUCUCCGUGGAGUUAGGGAAGUACUACCACACUGAAAAUGACGACGAGAACCCCUUCAUCUGCUCUCAGCCCCGAGGGAACGGCGUGAGAGACUGCAGCUCGGUGCCCAAGAUGUACGAGGAAGGAGGCCUGCAGUGCAACCUGGACAUGUACUCUUACAAUAGCACUGACAACACCACCUGCGUCAACUGGAACCAGUACUACACCAACUGCUCUGCUGGUCUGGUCAACCCCUUCAAGGGAGCCAUCAACUUCGACAACAUCUGUUAUGCUUGGAUAGCCAUAUUUCAGGUGAUCACUCUGGAGGGCUGGGUGGACAUCAUGUACUUUGUGAUGGAUGCUCACUCGUUCUACAACUUCAUCUACUUCAUCCUACUCAUCAUUAUUGGCUCAUUCUUCAUGAUCAACCUGUGCCUGGUGGUCAUCGCAACUCAGUUCUCAGAGACUAAGCAGAGGGAGAGUCAGCUGAUGAAGGAGCAGCGGGUGCGCUUCAUGUCCAACGCUAGCACUCUGGCCUCCGUCUCCGAGCCGGGCUCCUGCUACGACGAGCUGCUCAAGUACCUGGUUCACAUCAUCCGCAAGGGGGCCAAACAAGUGGCCCAUAUCUGCAGGCUCCUGGCACGCCGUGCCGGGCUCAACAUCGCCGCCUCUCCCCCAGCCACAGAGCCCCAACGCAGCCAGAGAAGGAGAAGGAAGUCCUCCAGGCAGGGAUCUGUGUCAGUUCAUCACAUGAUGCACCAUCAUCACCACCACCACCACCACUACCACCUGAGGAAUGGCAGUGUGAGGGGAAGGGGGAGCAUCCGGUGUCUGGAGGGUAGGGAUGUGGAGGCAGGUGCUUAUAACAACAACGGAGGGGCUCUUGUACCCACCACUGGCACUGGGCACCUUGCUUUAGCCCCACCGCCUUCAGUAACAGCAGCCACCUCUGAUACAAACCUGGCCACUUUGUCCAAUCCUGCUGCGGGAUCUGCAGAUUCAUCUUCAGUUCGCAGUGUAUUCCACACAGAAACUCUUCACUGUACCCCCUCGCCUACCAACCUGGGGCCAACCCUGGGCUCCUUCUCCCUAGCCCCGGCUCCCAUGUCCAGAGCCAUGAAGAGGAACUCUGUACCCUUUGCGGCUCCAGGGCCUAAGAACUACCCCACUCUGCAGGCUCGAGCCCUGGCAGAGUCCAGACGAGGGAGUGUUGCAGCCAGCACUCUGACUAACAUCAACUUCAACCUGAAUAUCCCACCCAUGCCCCUGGAGAGACGACCAUCGAGCCUGGUGGACACACACACUCCCACAGUUUCUCUAUCUGACCUUUUUCACUCGGCUGCAGCCCAGCUCUCCUGCCAGCUGUCGGCUCGUGACCUCAGCACCACCAGCAGUGCCAUGGACACAGCCGCUUUGACAUUUGACCCCGAGAGUUGCCCCUACUGCGACAAGGCCAUAGCCAUCGAUUCAGAGGGUGGCACUGAGGGAAACGAGACCCCCGGAGACUCUGACAGUGAGGGCGUAUAUGAGUUCACCCAGGACCUCCACCACAGGGACAGAAGAGACAGCCGGCAGCCCAAGAAGAAGCACUGUAGGCUGGGCAAAACAGCAGCGAAGGUCGUUCACUUCUGGAGGCUGGUGUGCGACACAUUCAGGAAGAUUGUGGACAGCAAGUACUUUGGACAAGGGAUUAUGAUCGCCAUUCUGAUCAAUACUCUGAGCAUGGGGAUCGAGUACCAUGAGCAGCCUGAUGAGUUGACCAAUGCGUUGGAGAUCAGUAACAUUGUGUUCACCAGCCUGUUCUCUCUGGAGAUGCUGUUGAAGGUUUUGGUCUACGGGCCCUUCGGCUACAUCAAGAACCCCUACAAUAUCUUCGAUGGCAUCAUCGUGGUCAUCAGUGUGUGGGAGAUCGUGGGUCAGCAGGGUGGCGGUCUGUCGGUGCUGAGGACCUUCCGGCUGAUGCGGGUGCUGAAGCUGGUCCGUUUCAUGCCGGCCCUGCAGAGGCAGUUGGUGGUGCUGAUGAAGACCAUGGACAACGUGGCCACCUUCUGCAUGCUGCUCAUGCUCUUUAUCUUCAUCUUCAGUAUCCUGGGGAUGCAUCUGUUUGGUUGUAAAUUUGGGUCUGAGAGGGGUGGAGACACUCUGCCAGACAGGAAGAACUUUGACUCUCUUCUCUGGGCCAUAGUGACUGUCUUCCAGAUCCUAACCCAGGAGGACUGGAACAAAGUAUUAUAUAACGGCAUGGCCUCCACCUCUCCCGUAGCUGCCCUCUACUUCAUCGCGCUCAUGACCUUUGGCAACUACGUCCUCUUCAACUUGCUGGUGGCCAUCUUGGUCGAGGGUUUCCAGACUGAGGAAGUGUCCAAGCGGGAGGACUUGCAUGCCCAGCUGAGCCUAAUUCAGCUGCCUGUAGACUCAGGGGGUGAUGCUUCUAAAUCGGGGUCGGAGAUCGAUUCCUGUGCACGGAGUAUGGAGGAUGUUAACGGCAGCAAGAAGGAUUUAUCAGCCUCUGCAGUAGUGCCUGUAAAUGGUCAUGUGGAACUGAAGGCCAGCCUGACUCCACCUCUAAUUACCCACACGGCUGCCACCCCUAUGCCUGUACCCAAGUUGCCUGUUGGAGGUGAUCCCAUCCUGGGCUACGAGUCUCGUCGAGGCAGCAACGUCUCCAUAGACCCAGGCUGCUAUGACAAAUCACCGACCAGUGCCUGGAGUUCUGGCAGCGGCUGGACCAGCCGGCGGUCCAGCUGGAACAGCCUGGGUCGUGCCCCGUCACUCAAACGUCAGAAGCGGCAGUCUGGGGAGCGACGGUCUCUCCUCUCCGGGGAGGGUGGCUCCAGCUCGGAAGACGGGGAAGGUGGAGGAGAAGGAGGAGGUGGGUUGAUGGAGGAAGAUGACGCCUCUCUGGCCAGGACGGACUCCAUGUCCCAGUCGCAGAGAGGACCCAGACACCGGAGGAUGGAGUCAGUGGAGACUCGGAGCUCCAUGGAUUUGCCCCCUGAUGCUCUGCUGCAGGUAGAAGCUGUGCCCUACCUGUACCGCUCAGCCAGUAUGCACAGCUCCAGGCCCCCCUCACUGGGCCACCAACGGCCCCCAGAGCACAACGACUGCAAUGGGAAGGGCUCUCUGCCAGUCCUGGGCCCCACACAUGUCUCUCUGGACGACAACACUGAAGAUGAAAAUGCAGAAGACGAGGCCAGCAUGGGUCGUUUUGCCAGACUGUUCCGCUGGCUGGAGAAGAAACAGCCAGAGUGGUGUCGGCAGAGAGACACCUGGUCACUCUACCUCUUCCCUCCAGAGUCGAGGUUUCGGGUCCUGUGCAAUAAGAUCAUCAACCACAAGAUGUUCGACCAUAUUGUGUUGGUCAUCAUCUUCCUCAACUGCAUCACUAUCGCCAUGGAGAGGCCUCGCAUCGACCCCGCCAGUGCUGAGCGAAUCUUCCUAAAAUUGUCCAACUACAUCUUCACAGCGAUCUUUGUGGCUGAGAUGACUAUAAAGAUUGUAGCUUUGGGCUGGUGUUUCGGGGACAAGGCCUACCUGAGGAGCAGCUGGAACAUUCUGGAUGGGAUGCUGGUGAUGAUUUCUGUUAUUGACAUCCUGGUGUCUCUCAUCUCCGAUUCUGGUACCAAGAUCCUGGGCAUGCUCAGAGUGCUGAGGCUGCUGAGGACCCUGAGGCCGUUACGUGUGAUCAGCAGAGCCCCAGGGCUGAAACUGGUGGUAGAGACCCUGAUGUCAUCACUGAAGCCCAUCGGCAACAUCGUGGUCAUAUGCUGCGCCUUCUUCAUUAUCUUUGGCAUCCUGGGAGUACAGCUCUUCAAGGGGAAGUUCUUCGUUUGUCAAGGAGAAGAUGUAAAGAACAUUACUAACAAGUCAGACUGUUUGCAGGCCAGCCACAAAUGGGUCAGACACAAGUACAACUUUGACAACCUGGGACAGGCUUUGAUGUCUCUGUUUGUUCUGGCGUCAAAAGACGGCUGGGUGGAUAUUAUGUAUGACGGACUAGACGCUGUAGGAGUUGACCAACAGCCGGUAAUGAACUACAACCCAUGGAUGCUGCUGUACUUCAUCUCCUUUCUGCUGAUCGUGGCCUUCUUUGUGCUCAACAUGUUCGUGGGCGUGGUGGUGGAGAACUUCCACAAGUGCCGGCGCCACCAGGAGGCCGAGGAGGCCAAGCGCAGGGAGGAGAAGAGACUGAAACGCAUGGAGAAAAAGAGACGGAAUUUAUUGGUUCCGGGGGUGAGUUGGGCCCUCUCUGAAGGCACAUUGAAAGAAGCUCAGAGUAAGCCCUACUACUCCGAUUACUCCCCCACUCGCCUGCUCAUCCACAAGAUAUGCACCAGCCACUACCUGGACCUGUUCAUCACCAUCGUCAUAGGGCUCAACGUCAUCACCAUGUCCAUGGAGCACCACCAGCAGCCCAAGGAGUUGGAAGAAGCAUUGAAGAUCUGUAAUUACAUCUUCACCCUCAUCUUUGUUCUGGAGUCUGUCUUCAAGCUGGUGGCCUUUGGCUUCCGACGCUUCUUUAAGGACAAGUGGAACCAGCUGGAUCUGGCCAUCGUGCUGCUGUCUAUCAUGGGCAUCACUCUGGAGGAGAUUGACAGCAAUGCUUCCCUGCCUAUCAACCCCACCAUCAUCCGCAUCAUGAGAGUGCUGAGGAUCGCACGAGUAUUGAAGCUCUUGAAGAUGGCGGUGGGGAUGAGAGCUUUGCUGGACACCGUUAUGCAAGCCCUGCCUCAGGUGGGGAAUCUGGGUCUUCUCUUCAUGCUUCUCUUCUUUAUCUUUGCAGCGCUGGGAGUGGAGCUGUUUGGUGACUUGAUUUGUGAUGAGCUCCACCCAUGUGAAGGUCUGGGGCGCUAUGCUACUUUCAAAAACUUUGGGAUGGCAUUUCUGCUGCUCUUUAGAGUUUCCACUGGAGACAACUGGAAUGGCAUAAUGAAGGACACAUUAAGGGACUGUGCCCAUGACACUGGCACCUGCUACAACACUGUUGUCUCUCCCAUCUACUUCGUCUCCUUCGUUUUGACCGCUCAGUUUGUCUUGGUCAACGUUGUCAUUGCCGUCCUGAUGAAGCACCUGGAGGAGAGCAACAAGGAAGCCAAGGAGGAGGCAGAAAUGGAGACGGAGUUGGAACAGGAGAACAGGCUCCUGGCAGACGGGGGAGAAAUGGCAAUGAGGUCACCCCAGCUCAACCCCCUGGCAUUGGGCAUGGACAGGUCAAGUUCUGGGGGUUCCCCCUGGAGGUCCACCGGAGGAGGGGACAGGGAGCAGGAAAGGGACAGUCCUAUGGACUCGCCCACUGCUGAUAUAACUAGAGACUCUGUAAACAUCAGCGCAGACCCCCCUUCAUGCCCAGAGCCCCCACUGGAGUUUGUCCAGCGGAGAGCGCAGUUUGACUCGGUCUCCCUGGUCAUCCAGGAUUCAAUGGAGGGAGAGUUGAGUUUGAUGGACAACCUGUCUGGCUCUAUCUGCCACUACUACGCGCUGCCCCCCAGACCCAGCAAGCACAGCACCGACAAGAAGAUCCCUCUAGCGGAGAUGGAAGCUCUGUCUCUGGCCUCUGAGAAAUCCUGGUCCCUAGCUCUGACAGACGACUCGGCUCCUGAUGAUUUUAACCCCCUCUUUCUAACCAGUUUGGAAUGCAAUCAAGAGCAGCUCGAUCCUGGGGAGCCACUGGAGGACAACCUGCUGAGCGUCAGGAAGCCCGCGGUGGGACGCACACACUCCCUACCCAACGACAGCUACAUGUUCCUCCCCCUGCAGCCCUUUGGUGACACAGCGCUGGCUCCAGCACAGCUUCUAGCACAGGCACAGGGGUCCCAGCACAUUAUGGGUACCCACAGGGCCCAAUCAGGCUCCAGUGGCUCAGUGCGUUCACAACCGGAGGAGGUUUCCCGGCAGCUGACCGUUCCCACUGACCUCUUCAGACCCAUCAGCCCCCACAGCCACUCAGACUCGGAGAGUAUACCACGACUACCCCCUCCCAGACGCACACACACAUUCAGCCGCACGCUCCGCAGACAGGUUGCAGUGUCUACUGAUUCUCAGGAGGCCCUGUGUUCAGAUGGAGGGGAGAGCAAUGAAGGACUUGUGAAUGUGGCCUCUCUGGGCCUCCCUCCAUCCCCCUCCACCUCCUCCCCCUCCAACUCUCCCUCACCUUGCUCCCAUCAUCAUCAUCAGCAGCCUGCUCUCUGCCUGGUCCCCGCUACACCAGGCGCCUCCCCUAAACCCUUGCGCCCCAGCAGCGUGCACACCCAGCUUCACGACCAGCGCUGCCUUGCCUCCUCCUCCCCUUCCUCCUCCUCACCCUCCUCGUCUCCUCCGCCCUUACCAGCCAGGCCGCACCAACAGGAGGAACCCUCGGUGGAUCAGGAAGUGUCCCUCAUUACCUGCGCAGCGUUGGCUGGCAGUGAUGACAUCAUGGUGGAGGACAGUGGCGAUGGCGCUAAUGAGGGUUACAGCAGCUACGCAGGCUGCCAGGAAAGCCGGAGUCCAUGUUUGAGGCAGCUAAAGAGGUUCCACAGUGCUGACACGCAGGGUCGCAGCGCUCUCCUGCCCCGCCCCCGCCCUUACUCCUGGUUGGACGACCCGCGACGCCACUCUGUAGAGGCAUGCUCCUCGGUGGAGUCCAGCUUCCAGCGCAGUACCACCUCCACCUCCUCUGGCUUCGUGUCACGUGCCGACAGCAUGCAGAUCCACAACCAGACCCCCGCUCAGACCUCACUGCCCUCACCCCGACGCAAGAAGAAGAUGAGCCCGCCCUGCAUUUCCGUAGACCCCCCGGACAGACUGGAGGCUCAGUCUGGCCUCUACCCGGGUUCUGGUGGACUCGGAGGCAUGGGGCUGGGGGCAUAAGGGUUGCCCCCUCCUCUGCCCAGCCGGGACACCUGUCUGAGGAGGAGAGCGCCCUCCAGUGACUCCAAGGACUCCUUUGACCUGGGAGUUGGAGAGGGUUCGGGACAGGAUGGAGGCUCGCCCAACCCCAACACCAACCCCAAGCUAUUGACUCUUCCCAGUUUCACCUUUGAGAAGACAAGCUCUGAGCACUGAACACUGAUACUCCAACACACAUAUACACACGCACACAGCCGGACGGACCCUCCACACACACAAACACACGAUGCACUCUGUGUAUCUGUGAUGGUGAUAGUUCUAGUAAUAAUGCUGUAGAGAGUAAUAAUGGUAAAACUACAAUAAACAGUAAAAACAUCCUUGGUUUCAUAAGGAGUGCAGUACUGUAGUAGUGUGACCAUCCCUUGUCUUUGUAUUGUUACUGCCAAAACAACCAGAGAAGAAGAGAACACAUGAAACAACAACACAAACAUGACUGUUUCUCUUCUGCUACGCCUGCAUGCCACUGGCUGCAGCUUGACCCCAUAACCUUUGGAGUGACAUCAGCACCUGGGAUUUGGCGCCCUCUGUGGUCGCCAUCUGAACUGCCUGAUGUUGCACAGGAUGGGCUUUGCCCGGUCAGUGGAGGUACAAAGCAAUAUGAACGUUUUAGAGACACUAUUUUCUUAAAUUAUUCGGCCAUAGUGUUUGUACAGGAUGUUGUUUUUUAAUUUCAUUCGAUUGUUAUUUUCAUGUCUUUUUGUGAUUUUCUUUUUUUUUUGUCAAAAUGGUUUGUCUUUGUCUCUUUUUUUCACUGUAGGAUAUUUCUAGCUUUCUUGGUUUACUGAGGAAAGUGAACAUUUUUCAAAGUGCUGAAAACCAUGUAUUUGUAGGAAUAAUAUAUAAAUAUAUAUAUAUAUAUAUAUAUAUAUAUAUAUAUAUAUAUAUAUAUAUAUAUAUAAUAUAUAUAAAAAGUCAUUAAACUGAGCUUGGAUUUUUAAGCACACGCACUGGACCGUGGUGGUUUGAUUGUUGGAUGAAAAAGAAGGCUGCACUGCACACACAAGUUUUUUCAUUGAUUGUUUGAUUCUCUUGAUUGUCUCAGACAGCCACAAAGUCUCUGUACACAGGAUGUGAAGACAGACUCUAUUUGAGAAAACAACAAUUGAUUAUACAGUUGUUGUUUUUUACCUGACUUCUUAGAAUGUGCUAAUCCAACUUUUCAUGUUCAAGUGUGUAUGUGUGUGUGUGUGUGAGUGUGUGUGUGUGUGAGUGUGUGUGUGUGUGUGUGUGUGUGUGUGUGUGUGUGUGUGUGUGUGUGUGCGUGCGCGCGCAGCAGAUUUAUAUCCCUCGGGACAUCAGAGAUUGAUGUUCAUACCUCACAUUUCAUCUCUGAGUGAAGACUUGACUGUCACUGCAGACACAUGCCUCUCAAUGGUUUUCAUUGUACAGCUAUAGAGUCCACAUUUUUAAGAAUGAUUUAUCAUUAAAACACCAAAUAUAGCCUACCUACUUUCUAACCAUAUUACAUAAGCACAUAGCUUAACUGAGAUCAAAGCUGUAUUUAUACUUCUACGUUAAUGGGUUACGGUAUAGCUACUGCUGCUAUGUGUGUAGGUUCUGACGCUACAGCGACGCUGAGGCAUCAAAAUGUGAUUGGUAAGGCUACUUUUCUCCAACAAGUUUCUUAUGACAGUAGAGAGUUAGUUAGUGAAGACAACAUUAACGAAGUUGAAGACAGACUCAGUUAUCUUCUCCUUAUAGUAACACACAACUAGGAAGCCAUCUCUACUGCAAGCUUUCUGCUCACCACGAUCACUGCUCUCUAUCACUGUGAAUGAAUGAAUGUUAACAGGGUGAUUGCACGGCAGUAGUCUCCUAUUCAGUGUGACACAAGGUGAAAUAGAGGUCACCUGGAUGUAACUCCAGUUAUAGAAGUGUGCUCCCCGUCGCUCUGUAUCACAAAGUGAAGUGAGUUACUGCGUACGUGAAAAAAGUUGCAUAAAACCUUUUGUGUCUCCAGAGCGAGCUGUUUGUCUGAUAAAUGUCCUCAAGUGAUGUCACUUGAGUCAGCGUUGGCUGGGGCUGAAGACUACAAGUUUGAAAAUGAAAAAAUUCUGGGGGUGUGGCGUUAGAAAGAAGUGAGCUUACCAGAUUUCUGUAGCCGCUCCCCAUCUCUGCUUGAGGCUCAGGACUACAUUAGCCGCUACUAGCAUAACACACUCAAAUCUCCAAUCCAACUGUUGAGGGCCGAGUUGCAUUGUGGGUAAUGUAGGCGCCAGUAAUUUUAAUUCAGCAACAUUUCGAUCUAACAGAGAUCUUCGUCAGGCAUUAUCAAAUCACCAUCACAAAGCAGAACAACAAUCAGAUCCUUCUUUCUUUUCUCUGAUUCUUUGUUUGAUUCUUGCCUUAGGUUUCCCCAACUGCCACUACCUCCACUUCCUGUGAAAGAAUAGUCCCCGAUAGUUCAAAAUAAACAUUUAAAUCUCCAACUCCACAUUUCUAGACUUUGUCUAUACAGAAAUUUUACUUUCUGAGGAAAAGGCUGUAGAAGUUUGCACUCACAAAAAAAACAACAACAACAACUACACUUUACACUUUUCUCAUCAUUUAGCAUUGACAAAGAUGCCCAAAAUCUGUUGUAUUCCUUCAGGAUCAGUAAGUGCAGCUUGAUGAGGGCUGCACACAGGAUGCAUUGUUUUAAAAUGUCUGCACCUUUUGUCAGUUGUUAUCAGUGGCUUGGCAGCAGCAGCACAUUAAAGAGCUUGAGCUGUAUAUCAGAUCAAUGUCAGAAAAGAAAACUUAUGUCUCGAGGGAUGUAUACAUGUUCCUCCAUUUGGAACAGGAUCUUAAUCUUCUCCUUUGAGCAAUAGCAAAGGUUAUUUAUAAUUUUCUCUUUUUACGUUUUGAUUUUAACUAUCUCAUUCACAGAUGCAUAAUUGCAUAGUUGUACAGCUGUGAAAAUGAUGUAACACUCGUUGCACUCUGACCUCUUGCUCUGUAUGUUACAGCACCAGUGUCGUGACAUACAUUCAAGCAGGAGAUAAAUGUGGUUGCAGCCCAAAAUAUCCUGUCUGCUUUUAGCACAGACAAACAACAGCAUACGGUUAAAGAAUGCAGAGAGGCAGGAAACAUGGCAACACAAACCCAAACAGAAGAGAACAGAUCAUUAGAUAUAAUGAGGCACUAAAACAUUAUUAUACAACAUUGAUUUCUGCUGUUAAUGAUGAGUAUGAGUUGUCAUAGCAAGCAGGCAACAAGCAUCACUGCACAAAUGAUCUUUUAUACAAAUGAGGAUAGAUUUUAUCUUAACUUUAAUAUUGUGUUCACACUGGCAGGCAAUGUCAAAAUCUGAAGACACAAGCCAAAAAUAUGUAAGGAAAAAUAAGACUUCUUAAACAUGCUUCUCCCCAGUGAUCAGGGUUCUAUAUUUGUUAAUGCGCUUUAAAGUUGAAAUAUUUGGUCUGACAUUUAUGAGAAUGAAUUAAAUCAUUAAUAAUACAUAAUUGUGAAAUUGCUAAGAUCUCUGCAGGAGCAAAAGAGAACUCCUAAGGCGCUUGUGGUUAAUAACAACAUUGGAAAUUGAUAUAAUGAUGUGAGCAUGAAACAUAGAAACAAAGCAGCUUUCAACAGCAAUGAUGACAUCGUUUAUAGAUUUUUUUAGAGGGCUCCUGCUGCUAAAUAGUUUAGAGACAAUAAACCCACAAAGUAAAACUUGUAAGCAGCUGAUUAACAGAUUAAGACACAGUUAUGUUAGUUUUCAAUGAUAUUUCAAAGGCAGAUGAAAGAAAGAGUCCUGUUUCAAACUCAGAGCCAAUCAAAAUGCUGCCUUUGGCUCAGCAAAUUCUCAGUCACAUUGGGGCAAAUUUCUCCAAACCGCCAGUCUUUGAGAUGGAGAUGUGGCUGCACCAGAAAUGGAAGCUGUCAAGAGUUGCUCUUGUUUUAUUGUCUUUGUUUACAGUAUGUAAUGUAUAUAUCUAUAGAAUGUUACUGCCUGGAUGCCACCCUACACACUGUUACAUACUGUAAGCUGUUUGUAUCUCUCAUGUAUUACCAUUACAUUCGAGUCACAGAGCUGAGCAUCCGAUUUUCCAAAAAAUGAAUACCAGAAUCCUCUACUCUUUGGACCAUCUGGAUGACUAAAUAUUUCGUCUGUUGUACAAUAAAAAAGAUUUUAGCCCGUU